AUGGUGGUUGCAGAAGACACGUAUCCGUUACACAAGGCUGCUUUUUAUAAUGACGUCGAUACAAUUUCCACUUUGUUGGAGAACGUUUCAGGCGUCGACAUUCAAAGGCAGGAUAUGCAUGGAAAUACAGCGCUGCAUAUUUCAACGAUGUUAGGCCAUCAAGAAGCCACAUUGAUGUUGCUGGCUCACAAUGCUCCAGUAAGCAAAAAAAAUGGUGACGGUUGGAACUGCUUGAUAGAAGCAGUCAGCUAUGGCAACAGAGAAAUAAUUACAUCGAUGUUACGGAAGUUGAAAGCGCAGUCAAAACAAGAUAUGUUAAAGCGGAAACCGCAUUUGUUGAAAGUGCUAUCAGAAUUUGGAGACUUCUAUCUUGAACUGAAGUGGGAUUUCCAUAGUUGGAUUCCACUGCUGUCGAAAGUGUUGCCUUCGGAUUUGUGCAAAAUUUAUAAGCGAGGAACGUCUCUUCGUUUGGAUACAACUCUUGUGGACUUAAAUGACCGGUCUUUUGAGCGCGGAGAUAUAUCGUUUAUCUAUAAUUCUGGAACAGAAAAAAAGCCGUCGCGGUUUUUCAUUUUAGACAAUUACGCCAAGGUCUUCCAAAGAGUGAAGAAUGAAGAUAUUGAGUCAGAGAUUGAGGACGAAGUUGACUUACUUAUGUCGUCAGACAUGGUGAACGUUCAUAUGUCUACAAAACCCAUAACAUUUGAACGCACCUUUGCGGGUUGGCUGUUUCGUCAUGAAAAAUGUGAGAAGGUUGGUGAGUACAAUGCCAGUUUUUAUGCCGUGCGAGGAAUGUCUCUUGUUACUAAAAAACGGAGGGAACACUUAAGCGCUGAAGAUGUUAAGAAAAACAAAGCUCUGAUAAAAAGUUUAGCCGCUGGCUCAGCUAUGUUGGAAGAAGAACUUAAAUGUUCGUCGUGUAGAGAAAGCUUAGAACCUCCUGAACGUACAGCUGUUACUUGGGACGAAUAUAUUAAUGCUCUGCCAAAAGAACCUCCUCGUUUGGGACGCCCAAUGGUUUUAAAGCAAUCGUCUAAAAAUUUCAAUGCCUUUGUGGCUAUGAGUGACGAAUUUCCUCUCAGGGUUGAUGUACUGCUUGAUAUUUUGGAAGUAGUCGCACCAUUUAAGCAUCUGAGCAAGCUGCGUGACUUUUGUCAACUUAGGAUGCCACCUGGAUUCCCUGUUAAAAUUGAAAUACCUCUACUUCCAACAAUAACCGCUAAAGUCACUUUCCAAAAGUUCGCAUUUCGAAACGAUUUGACGUCACAAAUGUUCCAAGUUCCUUCCUACUACCGUGAAGAUCCUAGCCGUUUUAAAGAUCUGUAA